AUGUCUACUGUUGUUUCAAAAGUUUCCCGUAUUCGCAUUGUUUCACUUAUCUGUUGUUAUCAGUAUGGGUUAAUAUACUUGGAAUAUAGACAAGAAAUGGGAUCUAAUCAGCAAGAUGAUGACGGUACAGAUUCUCCUUUCAAAAGAAAUAGGCCAACAACAACUAAGCGUGGUGCGACUCGCAUGAAGAAGGUUGUCCGUGCUAGGAAUAGAAAGAUUGUGUUCCCGGUGCAGUGGAACUCAAGGGGUCAGCCUAUUGGUAGAAAUAGUGUGACCAUGUCGAGUUAUUUGGGGGCUACAACAUCAAGUACAAUUCCCAUCAGUUAUGAAAAUUGGGACCGUGUUCCUGAUGCAUUAAAAAAUGCAAUAUGGGAAGAUGUCUCGGCAACAUUUAAUGUUCAUGAACAAAGGAAGAAAUGGAUCAUUUCUAAAGCAUCAGACAAGAUGAGGGAAUUUAAGUGCCUCCUGACCAUAAAAUUUUUACAUGAUAAAGAAGGGAAUGUAUGUGAUGAUCCGCCUGAGCUAUAUCCUUUUAUCGAGGAAUCUGAUUGGAAGGCCUUUGUAAGCAGCCGAUUGACUGAUAAAUUUAAGAAAACAAGUGAGGAUAAUCGAGAUAGAGCAAAGGAAAACAAAUAUCCUCAGAAGCGUUCUCGCAGAGGAUGUGCUCGCUUAGAGCAAGAUAUGUUAGUUGAGCUGGCUUCCAAGGGUAAUCCCGUGACCUCAAUACCACGAGCAUCUAUGUGGAAAGCUGUGAGGAGUGACAAAAAAACGAAUAAGAUUUCAGAGAAGGCUCAAGAAGUUGUGGAUAAAAUUGUGAAAAUUCUAGAAAAACGUGCAGCUAAUGGAGAGUUUUCGAAUUCGGGUCGUGAGGAUGUACUCUUUAAAGCCUUAGGAAAUAAGGUUGAGCAUGGUGGGCGUGUGAGGGGUGUUGGUUUCGGUGUCAGUAUCACAUAUUAUUUUGGAAGCUUGAAAAAUCCCAAGGAGUCGCGAGAUGAGUUAAAGGAUCUAAAAUCAGUAGUCAUGGUUAUGUCAAAUGAGCUAAAGGAGUUGAGGUCGAUAGUUAAAACAGGUCAAAGCCAGAUGACACAUGACAACCUAAGCACUGCCACUACUGAAGAUCACGAGGGAGAAUUCAUUCCAAACCACAACAUCCCUAUAGAAUUUCCAGAGGGCUUGACUGCAUGCGAACUUGCACUAUCAGACCCUAGUUAUCGUGUUGUGGCUACAGGGAAGGUGCAUAACAUCCCCAAUGUUGCACGUGUUGUACAUGGUGUGCCACUAUUACCUAACCAUGUAAGAGUGUCUAUUGAGUAUGUUUCUGAGCAAGAGGCACUUUUACCGAUUCCUCUUAAAGAUGAAGCAUAUACUCUGAAUGAAGCUCUAGGCACUCACGUCGCAUGGCCUAGUCAUUUAGUUAUUCUUGCCGAGAAGAACAAAAUGCAAAGUACACCGACUACAAAUCAGAAAAGCAGCACCAAGGUUCCAGCACAGAAAGAUAACCAAACAAGCGCCAUUCCAUGCAUGCAGACUGCACCAAUUACAGUGAAGAAAAGCAGCACUAAGGUCCCGGGACAAAGUGAUGCGAAGACACCAAUGAUACUCAAAGACAAGGAAAAAGAAGUUGCUCGAUCUUCUCAAGCAAAGAAUCCAAAGAUAAUGUCAGUGUCUAAAGCCAUGUUCAAAGCUGAUGACAAGAAGGUGGUUCUCAAUGUUGACACGCUACCCCACGAACUAAGGCUGACUUUUAUGUAUGCUAAAAAAAAUGAAAGAAGAUGAACAGAUCAUGAUACCUCUAGAAAAAGCAGUGGUAAAUCAAGCUCAACAUAUUUUUUUUUGGCAAGGAGGAGAUUUUUCAACUAAUCGCCCAAGAAGAGAUAGGUGCUUGUCACAUGUCUGCAUAUAUCAUGUAAGUCUGAUCAUUAUUUUCCUUGCAAUUAGAAAAAAAUAAGCCUUUUUAGCUUCUGCAGAACAGUUUGAAAAAGUGAAUGACACCUACAUAUUUUGUAUUCUGCUGAUUAUUUUUAUUAUCGUACACACCAAUAGGGAAGAUUGCUUGAUUAUAUUAAUGCUUUAAAGCUCACAAAAUAGCAGGGAUACAUGUUGCAACUUGAAGUCAGUUAUUCACACCUACAUAUUUUGUAUUCAUGAUCUGUUGAUUCUUUUGAUUAUCGCAGACACCAGUAGUACACGGAGUUGAGAAUUUCCUUUUAUCAUCGUAGACACCAGUGGAACACACAAAAUGCACUAUACCCAUUGCUACUGGCCUACUGCCCAACUUCCUUUUUAUUUGCAACACUACUUUGUUUAGUCUGCUAACAGACUAAUUAAGCACAGUCUGCUAGAGACUAGAGAGUUCAUAAUGACAAGCCAUUUUUACCAAACACCUUUACUUGUACUUUGUUGUUUAUCAAUAGCUUGCGUAGUUACCUUAACUUCUUGCGUGGUUCUUACAGGUUAUUGUAUCGUAAUUGCCAAGCAAAAGGAAAGAGCAACUUUGAA